AUGAAUGCUCUAAUCCGCGAGAGUUUGUUUGGACGCCUCUUGAAUUUUUUAACCAGUAACAAUGCCUUGCCAUAUCCUGAUCUUGAGAUACCUAAACUCGAACCUAAACUCGAGAUGGUGUCGAAUUCAGCUACGUCGACCACUUCGGUGACGCCCGAGCCCGGGCGUGAAUUUAUCGUUGAAUUCUCAGGUGACGAUGACCCGGACAUGCCAAGGAACUGGUCACGGUUAUCGAAGACGCUCGUCAUGUUGGAUGUAAUGUUCCUGAAUUUCAGCUUCUAUGCCGCUUCGGCAAUUUUCACACCAAGUAUUCCCGGUAUCGAGGAUCAAUUCGGCGCCACGACUGCUGAAGGAACUCUUGGACUAUCACUAUUUGUCAUUGCCUAUGGCAUUGGACCUUUGUUUUUGUCUCCACUAUCAAAUCUCCCAGCUAUCGGCCGUACACCGGUGUACGUCUUGGGUUCUCUCGUCUUCUGUCUGCUAAACAUCGGAACGGCUCUUGGAAAGAAUAUUGAGACUAUCCUCACGCUACGUUUUUUCGGUGGUUUCUUUGGAAGCGCCCCAAUAAGUGUUGGAGGAGCAACUCUGAUGGAAGUAUACGGGCCGGGCGAAGUGCCGUACGCGAUUGCUUUAUAUGCAGUAAGCGGGGUUUGUGGGCCGAUUUUAGGACCGAUAUUCGGGACUCUAGUGAUCGAUCGUUGGCACACUUGGACAGCAAGUUUAUGGCUUCUUGCUGGAAUUACCGCAUUCACAACGUUGUUCAUCUUUUUUUUAUUACCGGAGACGCUGUCUUCCAACAUUCUUCUUCGUCGAGCGCAGCGCCUUCGUGCACGAACAAGAAAUCCUUUAUACCGAACCCAAUCUGAAAUGGCACCAACGACGAGCUUUGGCGCCAUGCUCUUUGAGCAGGCAGUAAACGAUCUUAAAAUAUCCUGCAUGGAUCCGGUGAUUAUUUUCGUGAACAUACACACCAUGCUGAUAUAUGGCAUUCUCUAUCUAUGGUUUGAAUUCUUUCCGUUUGUUUUUGGAGGAGUAUAUCAUUUCAGUCCUGUACAACAAGCUCUUGCAUUUUUCGGUAUCCUCGCCGGCGCAGUCAUAUCCGUUGUGGCAUACGUACUCUGGCUCCGAUUCUCCUACCAGCCUCGCGUAUCUAGGCUAGAAUCCAGUGUCGAGCCCGAAGCGAGACUAGUCCCAGGACAAAUCGGUGCAAUUUGCAUUCCAAUCUGUUUGUUCAUAUUUGCAUGGACAUCACGACCAGAUGUACACUGGGUUGUUCCAGUAAUCGGCACCGCUUUUUUUGCGCCAGGUUUCUACCUCACGUUUCAGUCUAUUCUCAAUUAUCUUGGAGAAUCUUAUCCGAGACACGUUGCAAGUGUGUUCGCCGGCAAUACCUUUUUUAGGAGCUCAUUUGGAGGUGCAUUACCUUUGGCUGCCCCUCGGAUGCUGCAGUCUCUUGGAAUUGGCUGGGCAUCCAGUACAUUGGGAUUCAUUUCCGUCGCUAUGCUUCCGCUUCCCUUCAUUCUGGAAAGGCCAGUCACUACUUUAAUCUUCCAUUAUAACACUCAGUUUGCCCCUCCAAAUCUCUACCGAGAGACAUCUCCAAAUGGCAGCCCUCCCAACGCCCUAGCGGGCUACGCAAACAUGUUCGGCGUUGGCACUGUAUAUGCCGCAAGCACAUUCCAAGAACAAUUACCACGAUUGUUGGAGAUUUCGCAACAACCCAGCUAUGCACCUUUCGCGGUAGCGUGCCUGGGCCUGUCCGUCGGCGUCGCUAUCUGUGGCUCCAUGCUAUACCGAACCGAUGCCAGUGUUGUUACAGCCCGCGGUACAAGUCUUUGGGGGAUAGCACUCAUCUGCGCCGGCCUUUCUCUGAGAUAUGGAAGCUUUAUUGGUAUACUACUGAGCUUCUUCUUUGGUGGUAUUGGCAUUGGCUUGACAUAUCUCGCUGUGGUCAUUCUCGUGGGGCAGGCUUUUCCCAACCACGCUCUCGCUAGAAGUGCAAUCGGGCCUUUGGGAUUUUCUUCUGGUGCGUCGGUGUGUCUUUACCUCGGAUUGGCUCUUGAUUUCGACACUUUGAGCGCUGUAGACCUUGGACGACUGGUCGCUCUUGGUGGAGUUGGCUGUGUCUCUAUUGGUGCUAGCACUGGGUUUUUGAUGACCACAACCGACAAGACUCGAUACCCUACGGGUGAAAAGUCACAAUCAAUGCAAGGAAAGACCUUCUUUUCUGUUCUGCUCUUUUUAAAUACCUUGCCAGGGAUGAAACUUUCCGGUACACUGCUCCCAAUCGUGUCAUUUCACGCGCAAGGUUCCUCUGAAUUUUCUCCCCUUCAGCUUGAUUGCCCUUACGGCUGGCGGUUUUCUUGCCCCAACCCUCAAUAA